UUUUCUCCAGCACUGCCUGAAUCCUUCAUCCCUCCCUUUACUCCUCCCUGGCUCACCCACAAUUUCCCAAGUCCCUCUUGCUUUCCCCCAGGACUGCCCAGUUCCCCCUGCAGAUCCCUCAUCCCUCUCUUUGACCUCCCCAGCCCGCCCUCCAUUCCUCACCCCUUCCAAUGUCCCUGCUCCACCCUCUGCUCUCCCUUCCUUCCCUGCCUCCACCCGCCCAUCUCUACACCCCAAAUCAUUCCCUGAGUCUCCUCAGUCUCUCCUGUGGUUCCCCAUCCCUGCCUGGCUCUCUCCCCCUUUCCACGGGGUCUCGCCAUUGUCCCCAUGUCCCAACAUGCCUCCCAGGGUCCCCUUCUGCUCACUGGGAUCCUCUCUGCUCCCCUCCAAUGUCCCCUCUUUCCCCUCCCUUGUCCCCCACCAUUCCUGGGUCCCCAGUCCCUCCUGUGUCCCCCUGUCGGUGUCCUGCUCUCGGGGGUCUCCCUGUGGGUGCAGCCCCCCGGGGGACAGGUGGCACUGGGGGACCGCCUGGUGCUGAGCUGCACGGUGGCCAUGGGGACAGGUCCCCUGUCCUUCUCCUGGCACCGGGAGGGCACAGAGGCACUGCUGGGCACCAAACACCAACUGGAGCUGCCCCACGUUGGGGACAAUGACAGCGGCCAGUACCGGUGCCGGGUCAGCGACGGGGACAGCGUGGCCGAGAGUGACCCCCUGAAUGUCACCGUCCUGGUGCCCGUGGCCGAUGCCACCAUCACCCCCGGUCCCCUGGCACACCAGGUGCACACAGGUGACAACGUGACCCUGCGCUGCUCGGUGCAGGUGGGCUCAGCCCCUGUCACCUUCACCUGGCUGAAAAAUGGGCAGGAGCUGGCCCGGGGUCCCCUGUCCUUCUCCUGGCACCGGGAGGGCUCAGGGGCACUGCCGGGCACCGGCCCCCAACUGGAGCUGCCCCACGUUGGGGACAAUGACAGCGGCCAGUACCGGUGCCGGGUCAGCGACGGGGACAGCGUGGCCGAGAAACCCCCUUAUCCCCUGGGGGAGGGGGAGGAGCUGGACACUGAGCGGGCAGGGGAGCUCUUCUCGGUGCCAGUGCUGGAGGGUCCCCCGGAGCCCACCGAGGGGUCCCCCCUGACUCUCAGCUGCCUCAGCACCCCCAGCCCCCUGCGGCCCCGAGCCCCCCUCCUCAGGGAGCGCCCAAAGACCCCCCGGAUCCCAUGCCUAGUGCCCGUGGCCAAUGCCACCAUCAUCCCCGGUCCCCUGGCACACCAGGUGCACACAGGUGACAACGUGACCCUGCGCUGCUCAGUGCAGGUGGGCUCAGCCCCUGUCACCUUCACCUGGCUGCACAACGGGCAGGAGGUGGCCCCGGGUCCCUUCCUGGACCUCAGGAACAUCGAU